AUGACGUCGGGGCGGGGAGCCAAGGGUCCCCACGGUGCAGGGCCGCCGGCGCAGGGUGCGUGCAGAGAGCUCAUUAGGCCGCCCGCCCGCGGCCGGCACCGAAACCACAGCACCGCCCCGGCCCCCGGCGCCCGCGACCCCCCUUCCCCGAAACCGCCGCAGGCCCGGGCAGAGGCGGUGGAGUUGGGUGGGCCCGGGCACCCCGAUGCCGAGGGUGCCCGCUGUGGGGUGUACCAGGUGCGGUCCCAGGGCGCCCGCAGGAAGUGCUCCUCACAAUCCCGGCUGAACCGGUCGGUUGGGCGCCUCAGGGCUUGGCUUGGCUUCUCCGACGCCGGCCCGGUCCCCCACCCGCUCGGCUUGGGGGCGCGGAGCCGGCGCCGGGGUCACGGCGGGCGGAAGCUGCUGACCUUUGCCUUAGGCCACACCGCAGUCUGCAAGGAUUGCGGCGGCAGCCGAGCCAGCCCAGCCUUCGGGAUCCGGGCCGCCUGGGCUCAGGCCCGGUUCAACAAGUGUGGGCGGAGCCGCCCGUUCCUGCCCGACGGCUUCGCGCCUCCCCAGGCGCCCGGACUCGCCGGGCCCCGUUGGUAUGAGGUGUCUGCUGUGGGGAACGGCCGCGUCAAAGGGCUGCCAGGUAUCGGCGCCUUGGAGGGCGGAGUCAGUCUGGGCUUCUGCCCGCCACAGCCCUACCAGGAGCCAGAGCCGUCAGUGGCUGAACCCCCGUCUUGCCCCCUGGUUUUGGACAUGAGCCUUCGGGACUCCAGCUAUAGUGUGGCUCCUGGGCCCUGCGUGGUAGCCCAGCUGCCCUCUGAUGACAUGAGUCGUUUGGCAGACCCCCAGAGCAGAGACCACGGCUUCCUGCGCACCAAAAUGAAGGUGACCCUGGGGGACAGUGCCGGCGGUGACGUCUUCACCUGCCACAUCUGCCAGAAGGCCUUCACCUACCAGCGCAUGCUGAACCGCCACAUGAAGUGUCACAACGACGUCAAGAGGCACCUCUGCACCUACUGUGGGAAGGGUUUCAAUGACACAUUCGACCUGAAGAGACAUGUCCGUACUCACACUGGCGUGCGGCCCUACAAAUGCAGCCUGUGCGACAAGGCCUUCACGCAGCGCUGCUCCCUGGAGUCUCAUCUCAAGAAGAUCCACGGCGUGCAGCAGAAGUACGCGUACAAGGAGCGGCGCGCCAAGCUGUACGUGUGUGAGGAGUGCGGCUGCACGUCCGAGAGCCAGGAGGGCCACGUCCUGCACCUCAAGGAGCACCACCCCGACAGCCCGCUGCUGCGCAAGACCUCCAAGAAGGUGGCCGUGGCCCUGCAGAGCACCGUCACCUCCCUGCUGCAGAACAGCCACCACCUGUGAGCCGCGCCGC